AUGAAUAUUGGAAAAUCUUGUAAAACCGGUCUAGGCAUUACUGAACAAGGUUUCUUGUAUGAAGCAGCAGCACAGUUGAUCGCUGCUGGUGGAAUUCUUCAACCGCCUGAUCAUUUAACUACAAAUGGUGGUGGUGGUGGUGGGGUAGAUCGUGUCGGUGAAUUAUUUCGUGUUCUUCUGACACCUGUUAUGAUUCAAUAUGAUCAAUUUGUAACAAAAUUUGUUACGGAACAAAAUCCGAAAUUAGCUGAAAUUCGUGGAGUUUUAGUGAAACAAGUCACUGAUUUGAUUACGUAA